UGACAAUUAGAACUUUUGCGACCACAAGCAUUCCUUUUCUGGAAAAAAUUGUGCUAGAAUUUUCGAAAGCGGUAAGCAAUCGUCAGCGAAAGGUAAAAAAAAAACAUUUUCGUGGCAUCUUAAAUUCUAAACCGCAAAGGAGAAGACAGACGCUCGUGCGAAAGCGAAAAGCGAAGGGAUCACCAGAAGCUUAAGAGCGUGACUUGCAGAAUUCACCAACCGUUCCAACCGAAAGCAGAGGACCAAAGAGUUGACCAUGGCCACAAUCAAGCGGUUGGGCAAGGAGCGCAAGGCGUGGCGAAGGGAUCACCCCAGCGGUUUCGAGGCCCGUCCCACCAAGAAGUCUGAUGGCACCCGCAACCUGAUGAUCUGGGAGUGUGCCAUCCCCGGCAAGGAGUCUACACCCUGGCAGGGCGGCCUUUACAAGCUGCGCAUGUUCUUCACCAUGGGCUAUCCUAACUAUCCGCCCAAGUGCAAGUUCUACCCGCCGCUGUUCCACCCGAACGUUUAUCCCUCGGGAACCGUCUGCAUGGGGAUGCUCAACGAGGAUAAGGACUGGCGCUCCAACACCACCAUCAAGGACAUCCUGCUGGCUAUCCAGGACAUGCUCGACGAGCCGAACAUCGAUGACCCGGCCCAGGCGGAGGCCUACGUCGUCUACACCGAGAACCGUGAGGCGUACGAGAAGCGGGUGCGCGCCCAGGCCCGCGCCAGGGCCCCCAAAGAGUAGUCGGCGUCCUGCGCCUGGUUCCCCAUUAAAAUAUUAAUACAUUAAUACAUCAAAACAUUAAUACAUUAAUACAUCAAAACAUUAAUACAUUAUUACAGACAUUAAUAAACAAACACAUCUAGGCGGUCAGCGUUUUCGAGAAUGUUCUACACAUAUAUUUACUUGUACUAAAUCGACCUUUUGAUUCGAGGCUCAGCACACCACUACACACACUAUUGUAAUUGCUCAGCUUCCAGAUAUAACAUUAAAUUCAAGACAUGAAACAAGA